AUGUUGUCUUUAAUAUUAUUGGCGUUUAUCGGCUCAGCAGUUUCGGAGUUCGACCCCGAAAUACAUGAAAAAUUCAUGACGCUACCGAAACAUGAGUUUGUGACUUAUUUCAACUCUCUCAACCGUUCGUGGACUAUCAAAGAUUAUGGUGAGGAUAAAAUUCAGAUGCAUUUUGGUGCUGAAAUCAAACUUGAUCAUGGUCUUCCAACCAUAACUCACGAUAAGGUUAAUUUGCCUAUCAAUUUUGAUGCUAGAACGCAAUGGCCGCACUGUGAAACUAUUAGAGAGAUAAAUAACCAAGGCGGAUGCGGUUCUUGUUAUCUCUUCGGUGCAAUCAACUCUGCCUCUGACAGGACUUGCAUCCAUACCGGCGUCCACGUACGUUUAUCUGAGCAAGAAGGAGACUGCGUAAAACCAAUGAAUGCCUGUAACGGCGGAUCUACGUCAGAUGUACUGCAAUUUUGGGUGCAAAACGGUAUUGUAACAAAAGAAUGUAAGCCUUACAAUGAAUUUGAGUUGGCCAGUUCGAAUUGCAAACAACAGUGCGUAAAUCCUAGCAUUCAGUACAGUCAGGAUAAACAUUUUGGUGAAACUGUUUACCAUGUUAAUGGUGAUCUGGAUUCCAUCAGUGCUGAGGUUGUUAAAAAUGGCCCUGUGGUAAUAGCAUUUAAAGUUUAUGGAGACAUUCAUAAUUACCACGGGGGAGUGUAUGAACACUCAUAUGGAGCGUUUGAGGUAAAUCACGCUGUAAGGCUUAUAGGAUUUGGAGUUGACGAAAGAGGUGUUGACUAUUGGAUUUUAGCUAAUUCCUGGGGACCCGGUUUUGGUGAAGGUGGAUUUAUCAGAGUUAAACGUGGGCAAGCUGCAUUAGGUGUGGAAAGUAUGGUGUUUGCAGGGCUACCGAGAAGAUAUUAA